UUUCAAGCUCCAGUCAGGCACGAGUGCGCUGGCCCUUCACCGCCCCACCCGUCGAUCGUUUUCAUAUCUCCGACGACGCCUCUUCACCACAAGGCUGUUGAUGUGAACGGGAGCUCUAUAUUUAGGACGAGCUCAAUCUUUGGUUUGAAUGGUUUACGGCAUGCAACAUUGUGCCGACGCAGCGAUGUCGAGCGCAAUACCGAGACUGUCGCGGCGGACGAAAUCGUCCCCAGACAGUCCUACCAUAAAGAUGCGUACGUCGGAGGAGGGGCCGCCUCCAAGUCCUUCGAAACUUCACCGUUCCAAGUCAUCGCCUCCCAAGCUUUCACAAACGAUGCAGCUCGCGCCGACCGCGACGUCUGCUCGAGUUCGGACCUUCCUCCGACUGCGUUCGGCGGCAGGAACGCCAACGCCAACGUGGCUCCAGUGUCGUCCCCUCAAAACUGGCAAAGUAUACCUUGACGUGAACCAUCCCAAGCUCUCUGAACGAAAGCAGUUUGUGGUCGAUGGGGUGCUCGGCACCUCUUCGUCCCAACAAGACGUGUUCGACGCGGUCGGCGUCGCAAGUGUCGAUCAAUUUCUCGCCGGCUACAACAACACGAUCUUUGUCUACGGCACGUCCGGGUCAGGCAAAACGCAUACGAUGCACGGCGACCUGCACCCUGCCAGCCACGACCGCGGUCUCACGAGUCGCAUCCUGGACUACCUCUUUGCUCAAUUACACCAAACGGACUUCACAUGCACUAUCGCGUUCGUGGACAUUUACCACGACAAACUGUACGAUUUGCUGGACGGCCGCGGAAGCGACCCGAAAACCCUGCGCGAGAACACGGCAUGCCAUCAAGUGUACGUGCAAAACUUGGUGGAAAAGCGAGUGCAGACCGCCGCCGACGCGUUGGCUUGGCUCGAUGUCGGUUGUACAACUCGUCGUGCCGCGUCCCACCGGGACAGGUCGCGGUCGCACACGAUCUUUACGAUUCGAUUGACGCAGACCCGACCGUCCCCCGGGGGGCGAACCAAGGUCGUCACAUCCGCCCUCCAUUGUGUGGACCUGGCGGGAUCCGAGCGCCCCGCGACGACGCUGCACAAACCCGUCAAAGACGUGACUCAAAUCAAUAAAUCGCUGUCAAGUCUGGCGACGGUCAUCUUGGCGUUGGGGGACAUGACGCGGGCCAAGCGCCACGUGCCAUACCGAGACUGCAAGUUGACGUUUUUGCUGCGGGAAGCGCUCGGGGGCAACUCCAAGACAACAGUCGUCGCGACGGCCGUGGCGGACGACAGGGGAAUCACCGACAUGCUCGGGACGUUGCAGUUUGUCGAACGCGUCAAGCAUGUGACAACUGUGGUGUCACCGAACGAAUUUUUGGACGGCGGAGGGGCGCCACCCGACCAAGACGGCAGCGAGGUGGAGUCUACUUGGCCGUACUCAGCAGCCCGCGUCCAUCCCGUCGCCCCUCGUUCGAGCAACGGUAGUGGCCACGUUGUCGCGUCAACCAUCGCAAUGAACGAAGUACCGGCGGAGAUCGUCAAGUGCGAUUCAUGGACACAGCAGAGCCCGGACAAGACGGUCGGAUUCACGCGCCCCGCAACCAGGCUAUCGUGGGGUGAACAUGACGAUGCUGUUCCAACCGAUUGCUCUAGCGCUGCCAAUGAGGAGGAGGAAGUUGUCCCAUGCGAGAUGACGCAGGCCGAGAUGACGAUUGCAUCAAUGGAGACUUGUGCCCUGACAACGCAAACGAACUUCGAGCCGAGUGACGAAGCGGUGGCACCCGACAUCGUCCCAGUCUCCGAGUCAGCCUUGGAGGGUCUAGCCGUCAUGGCCCCAACUGCAGAAGCCCCUGCCAAGCGAGGCUUGUGGACAAAAGAGCAAAGUGACUUUCGCCUUGAAACCUCCCCAGUGGACCACCCACUACCAGGUUGCCCACCUUGCUCACUAGUUGCUCCAUUGCCAACGAGCGCAGUCGAAUUGCCGCCCUCUCCUGAUACAGCCUUGAAUUGCUCCACGCUUGGACGUGCCAUUCCCGUGCCAUUCGUGGCCACGUCGGGUCAGGCCACCCAGGAGUCUGUCGUGGCGACGGACACGGUGAAUGAAAACCUCAAAGUCCCUCGACCAGCUUUGUCUAUUGGCGCUUGCCUGGUUGCGCUGCACGCCGGAGAAGUUGACAUCCGUCCACCGUCCCCUCCGAAACCCAACGACGCAUUGCCACCUGCAAGCCCAGGCAUUGCCAAGCGAGAUUCAUGGACCCAGUCGGACGAACAACUCCACAGUCAGCCCACCAAAUCGAAUGAACCCUCGGGGAGCGAUCCUGGCGGUCGACCAGGCGUGGCACCGUUUGUCGUGGGCAUGUUUCUAGGGGGUUGCACAGUGUACUUGCUGGUGUACUUGAGGCAAAGGAGAUAGCACGUUAGCUAGAUUAGUCUGUUCAGUGAACAACAGUUCAAACGGUGGAUGCCGACGUGCUGGCUGCGUGUUGGGAUGGCUAACCACUUGUAGGGGGUGGAGCUGUCGUGGAGUGCGUUGGGAUCAGGGUGGGAAUAUCGUCUUCCCAUGGGGACAGUGUCGGCCGUGGUUCCACGAUCGGAAUGUCGUCCCCAGCAUCGCUUCGCAGCAAAUAUCGCGCCACGGUCGCCAUCGGGCACAGCACCAUCACCCACACGACGGAAGCGCCGACCGCUCGGCGACCCUUCAUGGCGACAGUUACAACAGACGUCUUCACCGAUGCACAUGAUCCGAGGCGACCCUUGCAUGCAAUAGCGAAUCAAAGUUGCGCUCUUCUGUUCGCGGCGCCACCAAAGUUGCGCCGAUGUGCUCAUUCGUUCAGCCACGUCACAUCGAGUGGCACGUCGAUUUCAC